GGCGCGGCGGCCGCCAUGAGGCGAGACGUGCGCAUCCUGCUGCUGGGCGAAGCCCAGGUGGGCAAGACGUCGCUGAUCCUGUCGCUGGUGGGCGAGGAGUUCCCCGCGGAGGUCCCGCCCCGGGCGGAGGAGAUCACCAUCCCCGCGGACGUCACCCCGGAGAAGGUGCCCACGCACAUCGUGGACUCGUCAGAGGCCGAGCAGACGGUGGAGGAGCUGCAGGACGAGAUCCACAAGGCCAACGUGGUGUGUGUGGUGUACGAUGUGUCCCAGGAGACCACCAUCGAGAAGAUCCGAACGAAGUGGAUCCCGCUGGUGAACGGGGGCGCCGAGAGGGGGCCCAGGGUCCCCAUCAUCCUGGUGGGGAACAAGUCAGACCUGCGGCCGGGCAGUUCCAUGGAGGCCGUGCUGCCCAUCAUGAGCCAGUAUCCUGAGAUCGAGACCUGCGUGGAGUGCUCGGCCAAGCACCUGAGGAACAUCUCUGAGUUGUUCUACUACGCACAGAAGGCCGUUCUGCACCCCACAGCCCCGCUCUACGACCCCGAGGCCAAGCAGCUCCGGCCCGCUUGCGCCCGCGCGCUCACGCGCGUCUUCAAGCUCUCAGACCAAGACCUGGAUCAGUGCCUCAGCGAUGAGGAGCUCAACACUUUCCAGAAGUCCUGCUUCGGGCACCCCCUGGCACCGCAGGCCCUGGAGGACGUGAAAACGGUGGUGCGCAGGCACGUGGCGGGCGGCGUGCGGGACGGCCGGCUGACCCUGGAUGGCUUCCUUUUCCUGAACACGCUGUUCAUCCAGCGUGGCCGCCACGAGACCACCUGGGCCAUCCUGCGGCGCUUCGGCUAUGGCGACUCGUUGGAGCUGACCGCCGAGUACCGCUGCCCCCCCCUGCGUGUGCCUCCCGGCUGCAGCACAGAGCUCAGCCAUGCUGGCGCCCAGUUCCUGCAGCGGCUGUUCGAGAAGCACGACCAGGACCGGGACGGCGUCCUCGCGCCCGCCGAGAUGCAGGCCCUCUUCAGCGUGUUCCCGGCAGCACCCUGGGGUGCCGAGCUCCCUCUCGUGGUGCCCAUGGAGCCCCGCGGGCUGUCCCUGCACGCCUACCUCUGCCAGUGGACCCUGGUGACCUACCUGGACCCCCGGCGCUGCCUCGAGCACCUGGCCUACCUGGGCUACCCCACCCUCUGCGAGCAGGACGCCCAGAGCUCUGCCAUCACAGUCACACGGGAGAAGAGGCUGGACGAGCAGAAGGGGCAGACACAGAGGCGCGUGCUCUUGUGCAAGGUGGUGGGCGCCCGCGGCGUGGGCAAGUCUGCCUUCCUGCAGGCCUUCCUGGGCCGGGGCCUGGGGGACCCCAGGGAGCGCCCCACGGAGCCGCCGGGGUUCGCCGUCAACACGGUGCAGGCGCACGGGCAGGAGAAGUACCUGAUUCUGUGCGAGGUGGACGCGGACAGCCUGUUGGCCGGCGAGGCCGACCCCGCCUGUGACGUUGCCUGCCUGCUGUUUGACGGCAGCGACCUCAGCUCCUUCGCCGCCUGCGCCAGUGUCUACAAGCACCACUACAUGGACGGCCAGACCCCCUGCCUCCUGGUCUCUUGCAAGGCUGACCUGCCUGAAGGCGUCCCGCUUCCUGGCCCGUCCCCGGCCCAGUUCUGCCUCCGGCACCGACUGCCUGUCCCCACCCCAUUUUCCUGCGCCGGCUCCUCCCAGCCCGGCAGUGCCAUCUUUGUCCGCCUGGCCACCGUGGCCGCCUUCCCACACCCGGCGCCCCGGGAGGUGCACGCCCCGUCCUGCUGGCUCCGCCUAGCCGUGGGGGCUGCCGCCGCUGCCGUCCUCAGCUUCUCACUCUACAGGGUGCUGGUGAAGACCCGCUGAGCCCGCUGCUGCGGCCAGCCCGGGGCGCGGCCGCCUUCUGACUGCGGCUUCUGCGCUUUGCUCGGAGCCGGUCCCCGCGGCCCACGUCCUGCCUGGACAUGCAGGAGGGACCCGCUCGAGCGCUGGGCCCCAGCUGUGCAGCAGCCUGCGGGGCUGAGGUGGGGUGGGAGGGGCAGGGCACUGGGGGGAGCUGCCCUGCCCCCACGAUUAAACGUCACUGUGCUCCCCACCUCCAACGGCUAUUUUUUGAAUCACAGUGUUGACUCUGAGCUGGAGGUGUCAUCCCUGACCUGCCUUCCCCCAGGCCUGGGCCCCCACCCUGAGUCCAGGGAGUCCUGGGAGUCCACCCCGAGUCCAUUGGCAUGCUGGGGCCCCUUGGGGCCUGCCUCUCCCCGCUGAGGGAGCUGCCUACUCCGCGGGCUUUGUGCUGGGGCCUGCUGGGCGGUGCGAGGACCCAGGCUCUGAGCAAGGACCAGCGUGGCCUUUUCUAGCAAUCGGAGGGGCUGUGGUCUAGGGGAGCGGCCCCGGGCCCUAAUUGGGGACGGGGGCCCUGGCCUGAGGGGCCUGGCUAGUGUCCUGGGGGUGGACAGCCCUUGUGGCUGUUUGGGGUGACUGGGGCUCCCCUGAGGCCCCGCCCCAGGGGUUGCCGUGGCUACACACC